GGUGGUUACCGGUUUCGCAAUGAACGACAAAACCGGUUUUGCCAUGACUGCAAAUCCCACCAAAAUUAAGGUAUUCCAACCGUUCUUCUUGAGCACCAACCUCCCGUAUUCGGUGAAACGUGGUGAAGUUAUCGCCAUACCCAUUGUCGUUUUCAAUUAUAUGGAAAAGUCGCUACAAGCCGAAGUGACCAUGGAAAAUACCGAUCAGGAAUAUGACUUCACAGAGGCGACAAAUGACAUCGAGGAAUCUGUGCUGGAGGAGAAGCAAAGAACCAAGACGGUUAAUGUACCGGCAAAUGGUGGUCAAACUGUCUCCUUUAUGAUUCGUCCCAACAAGGUGGGUGAUAUUACGUUGAAAAUUAAGGCCAUUACACCCUUGGCCGGUGAUGCCAUACAUCAGAAAUUAAAAGUGGAACCCGAAGGUGUUACGCAAUAUGAAAAUCAUGCCAUUUUUGUAAAUAUCGGCAACAAGAAGAAGGAGGACGCGAAGGAUGGCGGUGAAGUUGUGAAACACGAUUUGAGUGCUGCCAUACCAAAGGAUGCCGUGUUGGAUUCCGAAUAUUUGGAAUUCUCGGCCGUGGGUGAUAUUCUAGGACCCACAAUUAAAAAUAUCGAUAAAUUGGUGCGAAUGCCCUAUGGCUGUGGCGAACAGAAUAUGGUGAAUUUUGUACCGAAUAUAUUGGUCCUUUACUAUUUGGAUGCAAUUAAAAAGGAUAUGCCAUUGAUUGAACAGAAAGCGAAAAGUUAUAUGGAAUCGGGAUAUCAACGGGAGUUGACCUAUAAACACAAAAAUGGCGCCUACAGUGCUUUUGGUGAGGGUCACAGUGAGCCGAAUAGUUGGUUAACCGCCUAUGUGGCCAGAUCGUUUAUCCAAGCUCGGAAAUAUAUUACCAUUGAUGGAGCUGUGAUUGAUCAGGCCUUGGAUUUCUUGGCCAAGACCCAGGAGGAGGAUGGUCAUUUUCCACAAAAGGGUAAACUUUUCCAUCCCGCCCAUCAAAAUGAUGUUGGAUUCACGGCAUUUGUGCUAAUGGCCUUCCUGGAGAAUGAGGACUAUGCCGCCAAAUACAAAUCACAAAUUCAACAGGGUCUCAAAUACCUUGGCGAUCACAUUGCCACUGAAGACAACAUUUAUGCCCUCUCCAUUGCCGCUGUGGUUCUCAACAAGGUCCGCCACCCUGAUGUCCCGAAAUUAAUGGAAAAACUUGAAAAGGCAGCCACAUUUAAAAAUUCUCUAAAAUGGUGGUCCAAUGAAAAUAAGGAUCACUCCAAUGACAUCGAAGUUACCGCCUAUAUUUUACAAUCUCUAACGGAAACGGAAGAGGCUGGAAAAUUAUUGCCGAUCAUCCAAUGGUUGGUUGGUCAACGUAACAGUUUGGGUGGUUUCGAUUCGACACAGGAUACAGUGGUCGGUUUACAGGCCUUGAUUAAAUUUGCCGAACGCUUUAUGGCCGGCGGAGGUGGUGAUGGAAAAAUGCUAAUUGAUUUUGAAGCUAAGGAUGGGGAGGGAAAGCAGACGACAAAGGAUACAAUUGAGGUGGAUAAGGAGAAUGCCCUGCUAUUGCAAACACAUGUG